CAGUGGGAGAGGGAGGGGAGACAGCAGCGCAGCAGCGGGCAAACCACCAGGCUCACAAACCCAGAAAAAUAGGCGAACUUAGCUGGUAUACGCAAGAUUGUUUUAAACUUAGCUUAAAGACAUGUUUUUUCAUAGAAGAAUAUAACGCUGCGAGGAUCCGGGCUACAACGCUGGGUUGUUUUUGGAGCCCACGCGAGACGACUGGAAACUCAGGAGGAAAGAAAACAACAACACUGGAAAAAGGACGGGGAUUACACACAACAGUGACAAUAAAACAACACUCCCCGACAAGUGGUCUCUGUGGUGCGGAGGGUGAAAUCCGGACACAAGGACAACUAUUUGUAUGUUUGUUGAUUCACAUUUUGUUCGGGACGUUUCAGUUGUUCGUUUCCAAAUUGCGUUUCUGCGUGAACUUUAAACUCAGGAAACAAUGAAGACAUAGCAAGUAAGAACUCAUCAAGUGUUUCGACGCGGCUAGCCAUCCCGCUAGCAUUAGCGUGGCUAUCGCGCAGCGAGCGAAUGCGAGGCAAAGCUAACGCCCGCUAGUGCAGCUAAGUAAGCUAAGUUAGCUUAUCGGCUAACGUUAGCUGGCUAGCUAAACGCGUUUUCUUUCGGGGAAAAAACUUUUAGUGUUGUUUUCCUGGAGCCCAAACACUGAAGGAGUGUUGUAAGAACAGAGGGGAAGGGCAGGUUCCCUUCUGGACUUUUUCCCCUCUACGUAUUUCCCCAAUAUGAUGGCAGCGGAGGUCAGUAGUGAGGAUACGGGCUCGGUCACGAUAGGGACAGGGGUGGAAGGCGGAGGAGGCCCGGAGACGGCCCCUUUCCCCUACUAUCCCAAGCCGAGCGGAGUGCGAGUCACUGAUUUGGGGCAAGGACCUGCACCGAACCUCCGCCAACCUCAGAACACAUCACCGGACUCACUGCCGGACAUGAGCAUGAUCUAUCCCGUGUCUAGUGGGGAUGUGGCCGGGCCAGUGUUGACCACACAAGGGAGUGGCGGACUAGGAGGUGGACAUUCGGGUUUCCAAGGAACAAGCUCAGGGACCGUGGGCGACAUGUGCUGCUCUCCCAUUUCAGAGAGUCCAGCUAGCCGGAUUUCACCCACAUCGGCCGGCCAGGAUGGGCCCACUGUCUUUCCACCUCUGCCACCACCUCCUCCCCCUCCUCCAGGCGGCGGCGGCGGCGCUAUGGAUGAAAGCGACAUGCAGGAUGGACCGGAAUACGAGGAAGAAGAGGUGGUGUUUCCCCUCUCUGCACCUCCCACCAACCAGUGGUACCAUGGCAAGCUAGACCGAACCAUUGCUGAGGAGCGGCUGCGCCAGGCCCGGACCCCUGGCAGCUACCUCAUCAGGGAGAGUGACCGCCGGCCCGGUUCCUUUGUCCUGUCUUUCCUCAGCAUGACCAACGUGGUCAACCACUUCAGGAUCAUCGCCAUGUGUGGGGACUAUUACAUUGGUGGCCGGCGGUUCUCUUCUCUAUCAGACCUAAUUGGUUACUACAGUUACGUGUCUUGCCUGCUAAAAGGAGAGAAAUUACUAUCCCCUGUGGCGCCCCCGGAGCCCGUUGAAGACAGGAGGAGAGUCAGGGCCAUACUUCCUUACACCAAAGUGCCAGAUACUGACGAGAUCAGCUUCCUAAAAGGGGACAUGUUUAUUGUUCACAAUGAACUGGACGACGGCUGGAUGUGGGUGACCAACGUUCGCACGGAGGAGCAGGGUCUCAUUGUGGAGGAUCUGGUGGAGGAGGUGGGGCGAGAGGAGGAUCCACAUGAGGGAAAAAUCUGGUAUCAUGGAAAGAUCACCAAGCAAGAAGCCUACAACCUGCUGAUGACAGUUGGGCAGGUGGGCAGUUUUCUCGUCCGGCCGUCGGACAACACGCCCGGGGACUACUCGCUCUUUUUUCGCACCAAUGAAAACAUCCAAAGGUUUAAGAUCUCCCCCACCCCCAACAACCAGUACAUGAUGGGAGGGAGGUACUACAACAGUGUUGAUGACAUCAUCGACCAUUACAAGAAAGAACAAAUUGUCGAGGGCUACACCUUAAAAGAACCAGUUUCAGUGCAGCACCAGGAACAAGUAUUGCCUGAUACAGUGGACGGGAGAGAGAUUUAUAACACUAUAAGACGGAAAACAAAAGACGCGUUCUACAAAAACAUUGUAAAGAAAGGCUACCUCCUGUUCAAUAAAGGUAAAGGCAAACGGUGGAAAAACCUUUACUUCAUCCUGGAGGGCAAUGACGCCCAGCUCAUCUAUUUCGAGAGCGAGAAGAGAGCCACCAAACCAAAGGGGCUGAUCGACCUAAGUGUGUGCUCCGUGUAUGGCGUGCACGACAGUCUUUUUGGCAGGCCAAACUGUUUCCAGAUUGUUGUCCAGCACUUUAGCGAGGAGCAGUACAUAUUCUACUUUGCAGGAGAAGUUCCAGAGCAGGCACAGGAUUGGAUGAAAUGCCUUCAAAAUUUCUGCAGUAACCUAAGGAAAACCACUCAGCCCACAACCAACAAGAGGCUCAGACAGGUGAGCAGCCUGGUUUUGUACGUGGAGGAGGCCCACAAGCUGCCGGUGAAGUAUUUCACCAACCCUUACUGUAACAUCUACCUGAACAGCGUCCAAGUGGCCAAGACGCAUCCCAGAGAGGGCCAGAAACCCGUCUUCACAGAGGAGUUCAUCUUCGACGACUUGUCGAGUGAAAUCAACCGAUUUGAAAUCAGCCUGAGCAACAAAACAAAAAAGAGCAAAGAAAGUGACAUCUUGUUUAUGCGCUGCCAGCUGAGCCGUUUGCAAAAGGGCCAGAUGAUUGAUGAGUGGUUCCCUCUCAGCUCCCACGUUCCCCUGAAGGGCAUCGAGCCGGGCUCCUUGCGCGUGCGCGCCCGCUACUCCAUGGAGAAGAUCAUGCCUGAAGAGGAGUACAGCGAAUUCAAAGAGAUGAUCGUGCAGAAGGAGUUCUAUGUCAUUUACGCACUGGCCCACGUGUGCGGUCAGGACCGCACCUUACUGGCAAGUCUCCUCCUGCGGAUCUUCAGACACGAGAAGGCGGAGGCUCCUUUACUCAGGACACUCAACGACCGGGAGAUCAACAUGGAAGAUGAGGCCACGACUUUGUUCAGAGCCACCACGCUGGCCAGCACCCUGAUGGAGCAGUACAUGAAGGCCACGGCCACACCGUUCGUCCACCACGCUCUCAAAGACACCAUCCUCAAGAUCAUGGAGAGCAAACAGUCCUGUGAGCUGAACCCUUCCAAACUGGAAAAGAACGAGGACGUGAACUUGAACCUGGCACACCUCCUCAACAUCCUGUCCGAGCUGGUGGAGAAGAUUUUCAUGGCCGCUGAGAUUUUACCGCCGACACUGAGGUUCAUCUACGGCUGUCUGCAGAAGUCCGUGCAGCAGAAAUGGCCCACAAACACCACGAUGCGGACGAGAGUUGUGAGUGGCUUUGUCUUCCUGAGACUGAUCUGUCCUGCCAUCCUCAACCCCAGAAUGUUCAACAUCAUCGCCGACCCUCCGUCUUCAACAGCGGGCAGGACCCUCACACUGGUGGCCAAGUCUGUCCAGAACCUCGCCAACUUGGUCGAAUUUGGUGCUAAGGAACCCUACAUGGAGGGUGUGAACCCUUUCAUCAAAAACAACAAACACAGAAUGAUAAUGUUUCUGGAUGAGUUAGGGAAUGUUCCCGACCUCCCCGAAGCCACAGAGCACUUUAGGACAGAUUUGUCCAGGGACCUGGCUGCGCUACAUGAGAUCUGUGCCACACACUCGGAUGAGCUCCGGACGCUGAGCAACGACAGAGGAGUGCAGCAGCAUGUGUUGAAAAAGCUGCUGGCCAUCACAGAGCUCCUCCAGCAGAAGCAGGCUCAGUACGCCAUGUCCAACAGCAACAGGACAGAGUGCACCAUCAUGUCUCUGGCCGCCGCCAUCCAAGUUAUGUGAGUUGUACGGGAUCUCCACCACGAGAGAAAACUGUGGCAGUCGAGACCACACAGUCGGCCAAAGUGAAGGGAGGCCUCGUCCCGUUUGGCGCACGACCCGAAGACUCGAGUCUUGAUUGUAUUUAUAAAAGCAUGUGGCCAAGAUUCCUGGCAGUUCCAACAAGAAAAUGGCUGUUCUCCGUGGGAAACCACCUGCUGCAUAUCUGAAUACUGUCCUUCCAAAGCCCUUCCCGAGAACUGAUAAAAGCCUUGUCAUAUAUAUGUACGUGAGGACCUGAGAUACAGUGAACUGCUUCUGAAGGCUGCAUGGAGCUCAGCCACUGCUCUCCUUGGACAAGACUUGUGGGC